CCCUCGUUUCACCGCUCAGCCUAUCACUCUCAGGGCCUGCUCUCGCCCUCCCUGUGCUGUGAGAUCAUUGUCGCCAAGGCACUGGAGGCCAAGGUGGGAUGAGAUGGCACGCCUGCAGAGGGUCCUUAUAUAACUGAUCCGAUGGUAUAUCUUGAAUCGAAGCCCCGCCUCAAGGCUGCGUGCCGUUUCCCCUCCCCCCCACUUUAUCUGAACUGAUAGCCUCGCGCCUCGCGUCAUGCGAACGUGAAAAAGACGGGCAUCAUGGCUUCAACGAGUAAUCAAGCAAGCACAAGCACAAGUACCAGCACGUCCUUGGAACCCUCCAGCACGGACCAUUCUGGCAACAACAACAACAACAGUUAUAAUCAAGCAAUGAAUGGUAUUUUCACCACAAAUGGAUCACCGACGCUCGUAGUUGCGUUUCUGGCGAUCGGGCUCUUUACGGUGACUAUGGCGGCGUUGUUCGGGUGGAGGAAGAUGCAUAGGGGGAGGCUUUUGGUUCAUCCUGUUAGGCCGGUUCGGGCGCGCACGGGGAAGAUACCGGUUGUGUUGGGGGAGAAACCUGCGCUUUGGGAGAUGUGGACGAGAAGAAAAGAAGAUGAAGAUCGAGACCGAGAACGGGAAGAGCAGGGCCCGGGGGAGUCUGGGGCGACGAUCGAUUUGAAAUGGGAAAAUAUCACGCCUUUUUGCGCUACGCUGUUCUUGCCGGUAUUGGAGGAGACUUGUCAAGCACGGUCGGGCUUGACAAAAGACGCAGCACGACCUCAAAAUCCACCGCGGACAACUUCUGUUGCGGUGAUGUCUGCUAUUAGGCAGCAUUUCCGACCUACCCCUCCGACUCCGCCUUCGCCUGCGCCCCCGGAGCCAGAACCACCAGUGCGUGAACUUGAUGACAUGCGUGAACGACUGGGUUCAGGGGUUCCCCCGCUGAGAGAGGGCUCGUCCGUCGUGAUGGCUUUCACGAUCGCUAUGCCGUCUCCUAGUAGGAAGCGCGACCGUGACAACGCUUCAAGCUCUGGCGCAUCAGAUCGAGUGUCUACGCUAGACCCGCUGCAUGAUACGGAGCUAGGGGAGUACUGCAUAGGCUCGAUGGAGGUAUUGUGCAGUGAAGAUAGAUGACAGCGAGCAGGGAGAAGAGUGUUUUAUCAUGAUCAUAGCCUGAGGGAGUUUUCGGACUGCUUGACUUGCUUGGCCUUAUUUUGCCAGUGGAUAUA